CUCCUCUAGAACUGAUACUGGAAGACGACCGCCGUGCCGCGGAAGCACUAGGGCUGUCUGGGGAGGCAGCUGGCCAGUAUCCGUUUGACACAGUCGAGUUCUUUACUGGAAAGUUGAGUUCUUUACAGGAUAAGGGUAUUGGGGAAUCGAAUUCCUUGGAAGACGUGGCAUCAAUACAGACUACUUGUCCAUCAGCUCCAAGCUCCAUUGACAUCGGCGAAGCAUGCUACAGUGAAAUAUGGCGUGCCGCAGGAUGUACAGAACCUGCGCCACACUUCAGUGACUGGCAUCGUGCUCAAUCUCUUGAGGGCUUACGGCACGACUCCGAACAAUGGGCGACAAUGGACUCCGAAAAACACCGUCAAGGGUGUUAUGGAUCGACGGCGAAAGCGAAGGUAGCGCAAAAAACUCAGCACCUUGAAGAUCGAGAUCAUAUUGAGGUUGCAAAAAGUACUAGUACAAGUAGAACAAUGAAAGAGGAUGUUAAUCAUGGCCACUCCGAAGCAGAACGUCAAACAGUCGAAGAUACAACAACUACCAAAACUACCAAAACUACUUCUAUCAUUUCGACCACCGCUUUGCCUAGUAGUACUUCCACAACAACAACAUCUAUAAUAUCCGAUUUAAGUAAAGAACAGAAGCUUGAAUUACUCCGCAAUUUGAUUCCUGUAAUCGACGCACAACGAGCCGAAGCCUAUGCAAAUUUUUUCCGAAGGAUUGAGGAGCUCACGAAUCAGCCCAAGCCUGACUAUUUCUCGUUAGAACGCAAACCCCGUUUCAUCCUGGAACAUAUGCAACUCGCCAAGACCACUAAACUUCGUGUUCGGGAUUACAGGGAUGACCGAAAUUGCCGACAUGCCAAAAAC